AAUGAUCGCAGCUCAAAGCUGGUGAAGGUGAAGAAACUUGUUUUCUGUCCUGUCGGGCCAAAGCAACCAAUGACAAGUCCGAUCACUCGGCGAUUGACGGGAGUCGCCGACGCCGGUGAAGAAAAAAAAAUGUCACGUUAACUAACCUCUUCUUCAUGGAAUGCUUCCUUGCUUUUCUCAUCCCUUGCUCUCACGAAAGGACCGGCCGCAAUCCUUGAUGGCCCCCCUCCCGACAGACAAUGGUAGACCGGUCCGACCAUCAAACCCAUCGGGAUGAUGACGCAGCCAAUGCACUCAGACCUCCAUCGCCUACGGCCCAUCCUCGCGGUGAGGAUCGCGGUGAGGAUCGCGGUGAACGUGACGCCUUAGAGCUCCACGAGAUCGAGACACACCAAGAUAUUGGAGACGGCACCUCAUCGGCAUCCAUUUCCUCGGGGGAAUAUCGCAUCACCACUCGUCGGACGCUAUCCCGAACCAGUCAACGGACCGAACGAAGUCAAGUACCACGCAAGGGACUCGCGGGGAUCAUCCAGCGCUUUUGGACGCGCAAUGUAGUGUUGAGAGUUCCGCAGAAAAGUAACCGCGACCACUUUGCUCUGGAACGUACAUUCCUCGCCUACAUCCGCACAUCUGUUGUCAUAGCAAUGCAAGGCGUGCUCAUCGCGCAGCUUUUUCGCCUUCAACAGCAAAAUUCGCCGGCCGAUAAACUGACAUAUUAUGAGAUCGCUAUCCCACUGUCGGUAGCUUGCCACUGCACCGCCAUCGUCGUGGCGAUAAUAGGAGCGAGUCGCUUUUGGAAACAACAAAAUGCAGUCGCGUUGGGGACCAUUUAUGCGGGCGGUUGGGAGUUGAAUUGUAUUGGAUUACUCAUAGCCUUGGUAAGUUAAGUUACCGUCCAGUUGUGAAGUGAAGACAACGCUGUGAAAACAGCAACUGAUCACUUAUAGAUCAUCUUGGCGAUUUUUGUCUUAUCUAUUGUGGUUAUGGUUACAAUUGAGUAAGAAGGACCAAAAAGUUGGUCCUAUUUGAUACCAAAGCCUGAGCAGCUGUCAGACAACUGUCGUGUCUCCCACUAAUGAUAUAGCUUUAAUAAUUAAUAAUUACGAUCUGCAAAGCAAUGCAGUCAAGAUUCGGGCAACCUUGGCCAAUUACGGCAAGCUCGUAUCCAAUUCAUCAAU